AUGGGUAACGUGUUUUCGAGAGUGUUAUCUAGGCAUAGGGAGAUAAGAGUUUUAAUGCUCGGCCUUGAUAAUGCCGGUAAGACGACAAUCCUAUACAAGCUUAAACUAGGAAAGACAGAGGAGACGGUGCCGACGGUGGGCUUCAAUGUGGAGACAAUUAGAUACAAACGUAUGGUGAUGAACACAUGGGAUGUGGGCGGACAAGAAAGAAUCCGAGCAUUGUGGAGACAUUACUUUUCGGGAACGGAUGCGUUGAUCUAUGUAAUAGACUCAGCAGAUACCAAGCGAUUUGAAGGUGCCAAAAAAGAGUUGUUCAAAGUUGUCAACGACAAGGAAUUGAGAGGCUGUCUAUUGGCAGUGCUUGCCAACAAGCAGGACUUGGAGGGAGCCAUGAAGCCUAAAGAGAUUAUAGAAAGGUUGGAGUUACAGUCGUUAGAUAACCAUGAAUGGUGUGUUAUACCUACUGUUGCCGUCAAUGGAACUGGCUUGACGGAGAUGUUGAGCUGGUUGUCCAGUCAUUUACCCCGUAAGUGA